UCUCUUACUCUCAAAUAUAGACCUGAUGGCGGAUGCACUGCUUGGUUCCACUGUACAAGUUCUAGUGGAGAAGGCAAUAAACAUGGCUUCAGAACAAAUUGGCCUGUUUGUUGGCUUCAAGAACAAUUUGGAGAAACUGAAGUAUGGGCUGACUCUGAUCCAGCCUGUCCUUCAUGAUGCAGAGGAAAAACAGGUGACCCAAGAGUUCGUGAAGCGCUGGUUGGAGAAGCUUGAAGCUGUGGCUUUUGAUGCUGGUAAUCUGUUGGAUGACAUAAACUAUGAAAUGAUUCGACGCAGAGUUGAGAUCCAAAACCAAAUGAACAAGAAGGUAUGCUUCUUCUUCUUCUCACUCUCCAGUCCAAUUGCAUUUCGUUGCAAUUUAAUGGCCAACAAAAUUCAGCAAAUCAAUAUGGACUUGAAUAGAAUCAAUGAAGGAGCAAUGAACUUUAGCCUCCAGUCACAGAUUGGAGCUAGAGAUGUUCCUGCUCUUUCUCCUCCUAGUGGAGAAGGAUUUGUGAAGAACAGCGAGAUUGACUCUGUUACCAUUGAUACGAGUUUCAUUGGUAGAGGUGAUGAUGUCUCAGCAAUAGUAACACAAUUGACUGCCACGAGUAGCAAUGAAACUCUCUCAGUUCUUCCUUUAGUAGGAAUGGGCGGGAUAGGGAAGACCACCUUGGCUCGAAAAGUUUUCAAUGAACUAAAGAUUGACAUACAUUUUGACAAAAAAAUAUGGGUUUGUGUGUCAGAUGAUUUCAAUGUCAAUAGGUUUUUUGAUUUGAUUCUAGAAUCAUUGCAAGUCCAAAAGCCUGAAGUUGAGGGUAGGGAAGCCAAGUUGAAACAACUUAAGAAGUUAUUGGAUGGAAAAAAGUUUCUACUAGUCCUAGAUGAUGUAUGGAAUGAGAAGCUCACACUGUGGAAUGAGUUUCUUGGUGCACUAAAAGGUACUAGCCCAUCCAUGGGGAGUUGGAUUCUUCUGACUCGUAAGCAACCAGUGGCAAACAUCACAAGAAUUUCUUCUCCUCCUUGUGCCUUGAAACAAUUAUUAGAUGAUAAAUGUUGGCUCAUUCUCAAAGAAAUUGCAUUUGGAGUUUGGGAACUGCUGAAUGGGUUGCAAGAUAUAGGGUUCAAGAUUGCGCAAAGAUGCCGAGACUUACCAUGGGCUGCAUGUGUUCUUGGUGGCAUGCUGCUUAACAAGGGAAUAGAUGAAUGGCAGAACUUAGAGAUUGGGCUUCAAAGUUUAGGUGGAGAUGAAAAUAGUGAUGUUGCUAAAAUUUUGAAGCUGAGCUUUGAUCGUCUUCCAUAUCCAUCUCUUAAAAAGUGUUUUGCAUAUUGUACAAUUUAUUCCAAGGAUUUUCAAAUGGAAAGGAGUCAACUAAUCCGACUUUGGAUGGCAGAAGGAUUUCUUCAUUCAAAUCAAAGAAACAAUAUGCGUAUGGAGGAAGUUGGUAACAUGUAUUUUAUGAUUUUGCUGGAUAGUAACUUGUUUCAAGAUGCAGAAAAGGAUGAUUAUGGGAAUGUUUUGAAUUGCAAAAUGCAUGAUCUUGUGCAUGAUAUGGUGCAAUUCAUUUCCAAAUUUAGAACAACAAGUUUGAAAGAGUCAGCAGGAGUUGAUUACCUCGAGAAGACUUUUCCCAUUAGGUAUCUUGCAAUGGGGAGAAGUGGUGGAGAAGAAAUAUCAUUUCUAUUGAAUGAGAGUUUCGGGUACACAACAACAUUAUUUUUAUUGGAGAACAAAUCAAAUAAUGAUGGUUUGACCUCAUUUUUGACUUGCUUGCGAUUGCUAAAUUUAACUUCAUCGCAUGCCAAGGAGCUACCUAAAUCAAUUGGCAAGUUGUCUCAUUUAAGGUACCUCGAUUCAUCAAAUACUCCAAUAGAAACUUUGUUGGACUCUCUUUGUAAACUUUACAACCUGCAAGAGUUCGUGAUUGUGAAUCAUUGACAAAGUUUCCAAACAAUUUCAAGAAUUUGGUGAAUUUGAGGCACUUUGAUAUUUUCUCUAAGGAUGAAUUAAGUGAUCUAAUGCCUCUUGAAAUCGGACAACUGCAUUCUCUCCAAACAUUGCCCUUUUUCCAAACAAUUCUGAGUGGUCCAAGAUCUCCCAAAUUCCUGAAAUUUACAUUGAUGGGCUGCAAAUCAGAGGCUAAUCUCCAUCUGAAGUUUAUUAAUUGAAGCUACUCGCCUAACUUUUGCUGAAUAACUGUUGCAAACCAUCUUUUCUUGGUCCUAUCAAUUUCUGCUCUCCAGAUAUAUUUGAUCAAAAGUCUUCAGCUAUCAUGGUUUCCUGUUAAAUGGUGAUGCAGAUAAAUGGCUCCACAUUCUUGGACUUGCAAAAAUGAGGGGCUGUUUGCUUAGCGAGAGCUUUCUAGCUUCAAAUAGAUCCAUCAGGUCACUCCCAAAAGGAUCUCUUUCUCCUUCUUUAUACAGAGACAGUUUAGGCAGUGCCAAGUUUGGUUUUAGAGUACAUGAUGAACCAUGUGUAAACACACAUGGUAUAGUAUAGAAAGUUGUGGGUGUAAUAGAUUUUCUUGAGGCUUAGAGCUCUCCAGCAUGCUACAACGAAGAUUAUUUGGGUCAUCUGCGGGGAUUCUCAUGCAUGAGGAAAACUUUGUCCAACUUCAAAUACAAUUUAAAGGAGGAAUGAUAUGAAAUUCUGCAUAAUCAUCUUCACAAGCAUCAGGAAUACUUCUUCUUUUGAAAAUCCAUCUUCAGACUCUCUCCCCAUUAGAUGCAACCCUGCUUUCUUAUACAGUUUUUUGAGUGCUAGAAACCUAAUGAAUGGUCUGAAAACAUCCUUCAAAGUUUUCUUGUAUACAAAAAGCUGUUAUGUGCAUGAGCUGUUGGCUCAAUCUGAUGGGGCAAAUUCUCUAAUUCAAGGCUAUUACAAGGUUGAUGGAAAAGAUGCCAUGGUUAAUGGAUUAUGGAGAAAGUUAAAAUUUUAAUGUAGGAGAGGUAGAGUUCAACGCUGGGGUAUACAUGGAAAUCUUGAUUCAUAUCAUUGAACCAGGAAGUGUUCUGAGAGGAAGGAUCAACCUUGUUGGUAAGUACAGUUCAUGUGGAUGGCUGUCUGCUGGUGAAAGAGAGUGUCCAUUUCUUGUAAGGGGAACCUGUUAUGAAAAAUACUUGAAAAGGCAUGGCAUUUCUUGAGGAACAUUUGCUAUAUUAUCUGAAAAUAUGCAAUGAGGAUAUGACUCCCAAGAUUUAGGUCUUUACUUGGCCUAGUUCAAGUCAUCCUCUGCAGUUGCACUAGAAAAACUACAAAUCCGAUGCCAUUUCUUCCUCUGGUCAUAGGCAAUUCUAAGUCUAAUUUGAGAGUCUGCAAUCACAAUGGUUAGUCCAUUGGAAGUAUACUCGAGGCUGCCAGUGAUAAGAUUUUCUUGAGGCCUUGAGCUCUCCAAGAAUCUGCAUGAAACAUGAUUCUGGCUGCCUACAGGGAUUCUCGUAAAUGAGGUGAAGAACAGAGCUAUGGAUUAGGCCAAUGUACAUGGGAAAGCUACUGGUUGGAUUUUAAGUCAAGAAACAGAAUUUGUUUCAUUCAAACGACAAAUGCUGCUAACGAGGCUUGUCAGCCCUUUUAAGGAAACAUAGCGUGGUUUUUUCAAGAGGCUUUCAUCUGUUGAAGGAUUCUAAGUUGGCACAUCUGAAAAAGCUUGAGUUGUAACCCUCCUAACAAUCCAUCAGAAGCCUACCAAUAGGAUGCGUAUCUUCUCAUCUAAAGGGAAGGUGCUGUAACACGAGUAGCUGCCCCAACAUUGAAUGGUGCAAGCAUUACCGGAUUCCCUGCUUUGAGAUUGAUCACAUUCUAACUGGACGCUAGGUUGUCAAAAUUUGCUCGAAUCCUCGGAAAAUUCCUGUCUACGCCUAUAAUUAUUUUAAGCGAUGCUGCAGACCAUAAUUUUGUUGGAUAACCAUAAGAUUUAAGUUUAUAAUUCUAUUGUUUCCCAAGUUAGCCAUAAGAUUGAAUUCAUAAUUCCAUGUUUCUGGUAUAUAGUCUUAUUAUUUGGAA